GCGCGGGCAGGACGCGCCGUGCGCGCCCGGGAGGCUGGGCCCGGUAGGCUGCGGGCCGCGUGCCGCCGCCGCCACUGCCCUCUUCGGAGGCGCGGGCCCGACCGGAGCCAUGUUUGUAGCGCGCAGCAUCGCCGCAGACCAUAAGGAUCUCAUCCACGAUGUCUCUUUCGACUUCCACGGGCGGCGGAUGGCGACCUGCUCCAGCGAUCAGAGCGUUAAGGUCUGGGAUAAAAGUGAAAGUGGGGAUUGGCAUUGUACUGCUAGCUGGAAGACACAUAGUGGAUCUGUAUGGCGUGUGACAUGGGCCCAUCCUGAAUUUGGACAGGUUUUAGCUUCCUGUUCUUUUGACCGAACAGCUGCUGUAUGGGAAGAAAUAGUAGGAGAAUCAAAUGAUAAACUUCGAGGCCAGAGUCACUGGGUUAAAAGGACAACUCUAGUGGAUAGUAGAACAUCUGUUACCGAUGUGAAAUUUGCUCCCAAGCAUAUGGGUCUUAUGUUAGCAACCUGUUCAGCAGAUGGUAUAGUAAGAAUAUAUGAGGCACCAGAUGUUAUGAAUCUCAGCCAGUGGUCUCUACAGCAUGAGAUCUCAUGUAAGCUGAGCUGUAGUUGUAUUUCUUGGAACCCUUCAAGCUCUCGGGCUCAUUCUCCCAUGAUAGCUGUAGGAAGUGAUGACAGUAGUCCGAAUACAAUGGCCAAGGUUCAGAUUUUUGAAUAUAAUGAAAACACCAGGAAAUACGCAAAAGCUGAAACUCUUAUGACAGUCACUGAUCCUGUACAUGAUAUUGCAUUUGCUCCAAAUUUGGGAAGAUCUUUCCAUAUUCUAGCAAUAGCAACCAAAGAUGUGAGAAUUUUUACAUUAAAGCCUGUGAGGAAAGAACUUACUUCCUCUGGUGGGCCAACAAAAUUUGAAAUCCAUAUCGUGGCUCAAUUUGAUAAUCAUAAUUCCCAGGUCUGGCGAGUGAGUUGGAAUAUAACAGGAACAGUGCUAGCAUCUUCAGGAGAUGAUGGCUGUGUAAGAUUGUGGAAAGCUAAUUAUAUGGACAAUUGGAAGUGUACUGGUAUUUUGAAAGGUAAUGGGAGCCCAGUCAAUGGGAGUUCUCAGCAGGGAAAUGCAAAUCCUUCCCUAGGUUCAAAUAUUCCAAAUCUUCAAAAUUCAUUAAAUGGAUCUUCUGCUGGCAGGUAUUUCUUUCCCCCUCUGGAUUCCCCACGGGCUGGAUCAAGAUGGUCCAGUUAUGCCCAGCUCCUUCCUCCUCCUCCUCCUCCUCCUCCUCCUCCUCCUCCUCCUCCUCCCCCUCCUCCACCUCCUCCAGUAGAACACUCUUGUGAUGCUGACACUGCCAGCCUCCAGUAUCCUCACCCUCACAGAGGAUAUUUCUCUCGGCCUCUUAAUCCCUUACCUGAGAAUGAAGGGGUUUAAAACACUGAUUUAACAUUUAAAGGCCUUAUUCAAUGGUUGUGAAUGCUUUCAUUUCUGGCUGCUUUUUGUUUUUCUUCAUUUUCUUUCAAGUGAUUUUUCUAAUUUAGGGGCCUGUCUUACAUGUAUUACAACCAGAACACAGUGUUUGGAACCUAAACCUGUUUGUGUGUCAGCAUCAAAGGAACAUUUACUUCACUGGUUGAUAACCUUUGAUGAAAUAUGUACAAGUAACAUUAACUGUGAAAGUUACACACAGUAGCUGACUUCAAAGUGCCUGUUUUGUAAACUUUAUUUUGAACUGUUUCCAUAGUCUUAAGUUUCUUAUGCUUUGUCAUGCUAGUUAAUGUGAAAACAUAUCAUUAUGAAAUUCACUAUGCCUUUGAGACAUAUAAAAAUGUUUUUAAUUUUACAGGCUAAUGUUGCAUUUGACUAGUAUGUAAAAUAAAUCAUUCCUGUGUAUAAAGCAGCAAAACAUAUUAUGGACUUCUUGGCCUUUUCUUUUGAAAGGGAAGUUGCUUAUCACUACUUGGAAUUACUUUUUCAAGCUUUUAUAAUUUUUACCCAAGUAGGUUAUUUAAUAAAAUAUGUUUUAAAAUAUAUGAAUCUGUUGCCUUA